AUGACUGCCCUGGGGAAAAAAGAGAGUCCUCAAUACCAGAGAUCCAAAAAGAACUGCUGCUUGGUAAAAGCUCCAGGUAACUUUAGCAAGAUCACCAGUGCUUGCUUUGAGCCAACCAUUCAGCUGGUGAAAUGUGACCCUUGCCAUGGUAAAUACAUGGCUUGCUGUCUGUUGUACUAUGGUGACAUGGUUCCCAAAAACGUCAUUGCUGCCAUUGCCACCAUCAAGACCAAGUGUACUGUCCAGUUUGUGGAUUUUUGCCCCGCUGGCUUCAGGGUUGGUAUUAACUACCAGCCUCCCACUGUGGUGCCUAGUGGGGACCUAGCCAAAGUACAGAAAGUUGUGUGCAUGUUGAACAACACGACAGCUGUCGCUGAGGCCUGGGCUCACCUGGACCACAAGUUUGACCUGAUGUAUGCAAAGCAUGCCUUUGUUCACUGGUACGUGGGUGAGGGGAUGGAGGAAGAAGAGUUUUCUGAAGCCCUUGAGGACAUGGCUGCCCUUGAAAAGGAUUAUGAGAAGGUUGGAACAGAUAGUGCUGAGGGAGAGGAUGAGGGUGAAGAGUAUUAA